AGCAGGAAUUACUGAAGGCUAGCAUUGUUUACGUUGUCAGAGUCUGCAGAUAAAAGAGUUAGUUACUUGCUAAUAGCUCACAGUCACCAGCAAGUGUGAUCCUCAGCUCUGAUGUGUGUUAGCUGAUGUGUUUUGUUGUGUGUGGGUGUCUGCGCUGGAUGUAAAUAAUAUUAAAUGCAUCCCCUCCUUAUCAGUAGCUCAGUGUUAGCCGGGGAGCUAACAGAGUUGAUGACGAGGUAAAAAUGGCGGAUCUUUCGAAAUCCAACCCCGGCCUGAAAUAGUAACGCAGCCAGCAAGCAGCUUGUCGCUUUUUGCUCAGUCUUUGCCCCAGAUGGGACCACUGCUCCGGGUCUGCAUACACAGACGAGUCCAGCUCAGGAGGGUUUGUCUCGGUCGCUUACAUGGAAAGAAUCAGAGCAGUUAGCUGUGUGUGUGUGAGUGUGUGUGUGUGUGUGUGUGUGUGUGUGUGUGUGUGUGUGUGGUGGGUAGGGUUCAUAUGUGCGUUUCGGUGGAUUAAUGUUGGGAGUGGAGUGCUGCAGGACAAAGAUCCGCCUGAGAUGAUCGCUGCGGCCUAGCUAACCCAGCAUCAGCUGUCAGGCCGUGUCAAACGUGACUCGUGUGCACCCCUCCAUUGAUUAAACCUCACGUGAUUACUGAAACUAAUACACAGAGAGCUGAGACUUUGCAAGCAUGGAUGUGGUGUCACCAGAGCUCAACAGCCUCCUUCCUGAUGAGAUCAUGGACACUGAGGCGAUAGAGGACAUCCCUCAGUCCCAACCCGACGGCACCACGGUCCAGUCAGAGCCCAGCGAUGACGCACCGGUCCCGAUGGAGACGGAUACACCCAUAGCUGCAGAAAACCUGAGCCUCUGUGCAGAUGCCACUUCAACAGAACACACUCAGGCUCUCACCACCUCCACCACCUCAGAUUCCACGCUCAGCAUCAGCUCCGGAAGUCAGCUUCCUAUCUCAAUUUCCAGCACGUCUGCAUCCCUUCUUACCCUCAAACCAGCCCUGGCUACUUCCAUAGCCACCACGAAAACGACAGACAGUUUGACUGGGACUAGUAUCUCCACAAGUGGGUUACAGAAGCUCACGGCUCCGUUUACCAUCUCUGCUGCAAACCACCAGAUCAUUCUCAACAAGGUGGCCUCAUCUCAAGCCACAGAGGCGGCGAAGGCUGCAGGUACUCAGCCCCAGGUCAUCAAGCAGGAAGGACAAAAACUUUUGGUGACAGCAAUAGGAAAGUCAGGGCAGCCCAUAGUGCUGCAGUUGCCCCACACAGGCAGCAAGGCUGGCGUUUCACAGACUUCAGGAGAUGCCAAAUCUCAAGCGCCGCAGUUUAAAGUGGUGACUAUUGGAGGGAGGUCGGAGCUGAAGCCGGUGGCCGGGAGUGCUGGCAACCAGCUGACCACAUUACAGGCCCAGCAGCUGAAGACCGUACAGAUUGCUAAGAAGACACCAGUGUCCUCAGCCGCACCAAUCAAGUUCAUCAUCACAAAAACCGUGAACAGCAAAGGUCUCAGUCCUCAGACGUCAGUGUCUCCUGUUAUUGCAGGGCGGGUCCUGACACAGAAUUCCCCGGGGAUGCCUCCGAGGACCAUCAACCUCUCUGAGUCCCACAGCACAACAAUACAAAGUAUUCCCGGCAAAAAGAUCGCUAUAUCACCCCUCAAGACUCCCAGCAAGGUGACUGUGGUGUCUGUGGCUUCCCCGACCUCCAGCGCCUCCCAGAAGUCAGUGACGCUCCCUGUCAAUGUAGCACUUGGCCAGCAGAUCCUCACAGUCCAACAGUCCACGUCUGCAUCUCCAGUCAAGGUGGCCACCAGCCAGACCACGACGCAGAGUAUCAAACCGGUGCAGUCUGUGGCCGUGGGAGGCGUCAGUGGCUCCCAGUUCAAGACCAUCAUCCCGCUGGCCACCCAGCCAAAUGUGCAGCAGAUUCAGGUUCCAGGUAGCAGGUUCCACUACGUCCGCCUCGUCACAGCAACCACAGCGAGCAGCUCGACGCAGCCCAGCGGUCCCAGCACCAGCUCCAUACAGACAGCUAAACCCAUGGUGGUGAGCACAGGAGCAGUCAGGAUGUCUGUCCCCAUCGUCCCAGCACAGACCAUCAAGCAGAUGGCACCGAAGCCCUUGACAUCAGCAGCCGUAGUAACCACCACACAGACCCAGCAACGCCUGAUCAUGCCUGCCACCCCGCUACCCCAGAUCCAGCCCAACUUCACCAGCCUCCCUCCAGGCACCGUUCUGGCUCCAGCUCCAGGAGGCGGGAACGUGGGCUACGCCGUCGUGCCAGCACAAUAUGUCACACAGCUCCAGCAGACGCCGUUUGUGACCCUCGCCAGCAGCUCUGGUUUCCCGGCGUCCACUGGGGUCCAGACUCAGGCCAAACUGCCACUCAAUGGCUUGUCAACAGCAGAGACGACCUCAAGGCCGAGGAAACCAUGUAACUGCACCAAGUCACAGUGUCUCAAACUAUACUGUGACUGCUUUGCAAACGGAGAGUUCUGUAAUAAUUGUAACUGCAAUAACUGCUUCAAUAACCUGGAGCAUGAAACAGAACGUCUCAAAGCUAUAAAGACGUGUCUGGACCGGAACCCGGAGGCCUUCAAACCUAAAAUCGGUAAAGGCAAAGAGGGCGAGUCGGACCGUCGACACAGCAAAGGCUGCAACUGCAAACGCUCAGGCUGCCUGAAGAACUACUGCGAGUGUUACGAGGCGAAGAUCAUGUGCUCGUCCAUCUGUAAGUGCAUCGGCUGCAAGAACUUUGAGGAGAGUCCAGAGAGGAAGACGCUGAUGCACUUGGCAGACGCAGCAGAAGUGAGAGUACAGCAGCAAACUGCAGCGAAGACCAAGCUGUCGUCACAGAUCUCAGACCUGCUCAUGAGGACGACGCCCGUUAUUUCAAGUGGAGGCGGGAGGCUGCCGUACACGUUUGUCACAAAGGAGGUGCUUGAAGCGACGUGCGAGUGUCUGCUGGAACAGGCCAAAAAGGCCGAACAGACUCACCAGCCUCAGGUGGAAGCAGAGAGGAUGAUCCUGGAGGAGUUCGGACACUGCCUCAUGAGGAUAAUCAGCUCGGCGGGGAAAGCCAAAGCAGACUGUGCCUCCAUCAACUGCUAGGCCGAGCUCUCUGGCUCCCUCCACCCUCUAACCUGAACCCAGCUGCGGGGGCCGAGAGGCAUGGAUUACUCUGCACUCUGUCUCGGACCCCCGGGGUUUCUCUCCUGCAGGGAAACAGGUUGUCUCCCUCGACAAAAGGCAGAACAAUGGCCUGAAAGUAGACUCCCCUGCCUGGGGAAAGCUAAGACCAGCUGGGAUAAUAAACAUGGAACAGACGUUUGCAAACUGAAGGACAAAUGGACAGAGCACGACGCCUCUGGUGGACUUUAGAGCUGUUCUCACAUUUGUUCACCUGGCUGCGAUGGACAGAAAUGACUCUGAGCUGAGCGCUGAACAGGGAUUUUAACAUUUCUUCACUUUACUUUCCCUCCAAGGGCCCCAUGAAAUCUGUUCUCCAACUUUUGUUCUUCCAUUUUAUUCUGUUCCCUUUUGUUCUUUCUCCCUUUUUGACAAAGCAAUGGCUGUAAUUUUUAUGUAAUCAUCUGUGCUUACGGUAGACAAACAGAACGUGUAUCUUUUGAUAUUUAUUUUGACAAGUAUUUGUAAUCAUUGUGAGCGCUAAUAACUGUGUGGCUUAUAGUGCUGCAAACUGUUAAUUAUUAUUAACCAACGCUAGGCUAAAUUGUUUCAAUGAAAAAUGAGUAGAGGCAAAUUUAGGUUCACACCUAAAAGCAAAUUAAUUGUAAGAUGAAUGCAAACACAUAAUGCAUUAUGCGCGCGCACACACACACACACACACACACACACACACACACACACACACACACAGCACUGCUCAGAGUAGGUGGAACACGGCUGGUUGGGCGGAGGUCGACGUUUCCUCUGGUGCUGUUUUGUUAUCAGUCACAUGCUUACUGUACAUUAAAACACCAUGAAUGGAAAAACAACUGAGACCAACGCGACUCGUUAAGUGAUGUUCCUGAGUAGAUGAGAGCAGGUUAACGUAACACAGAUCUAAUUAUAGUUAAGUGAUGUGUCCGAGGCUGGUGUGAUGUCAGAGGGACACAAAUGAAGCGCUAGUAAGGAAGCUAACGCACAUUUUCACAUCUUAUAGCAGGAAGACACAGGAGUAAAUAAUAAUGUUUACUUUGGCAUGUUCAAACGUUGUAUUGUUUGUUGUCUUCCUGGCAUCACUUAAAGGUAUGGUUUGGAUUUUUUAAGUGGGGUUGUGUGAGGUACAUAUCCAUAAUUAGCGUAUUGCCUACAGUAGAUGGCGGUCAGCAUGCCUCAAGCUGGGAGAAGCAGUCACAACAGAAGCUAAGCAAUGUACUGAUGUGGACGGGGGCAGCAGCAAUACACAUUUUAGCGACUUAAAAAAAAAAUUCUAAUAUUUUCAAGGCUUUACCCUGCUGCUCAGACAGCCCUUUCCGACAUGGAGUUCCUUCAGAUCCUUCAAGUCUUAAAAGGAGUCACAUUCAUUAAUCUUUAAGAUGAGGUCUUAAUUGGUUUUAAAGAGCCGACAGAAAAUGCUGACGUUUUGUUUUGCUCCUUCACUGCGUCCUGAAUGGAUGGUCUAGUUCCACUUCUCUUUAACCCCUUAAAACCUGAGCAAAUUGACUUGGUUUCUUUAAAAAACACAGGAAGGAGAAGACGAUGAGCAAUGAAAAAAGGAAAUGACCCCAAAAAACCAGCAAGAAAUAAUUAAAGAGAAAAUUAAAAAUAAGAAAAAAAUCUUUGUUUGAUUUCAUCUCUUUAAAAAAAAAAAAAAAAAAAAAAACAAGGAAAUGACCCAGAAAAAGAGCUUAAGUAUGUGAUAAUGAGAAUUAUAAUAUAGUUUUUUUUUAGGGAAAAUUACAAACAAGAAAUUAAAAAAAAAAGAGACUUAAAAACAAACACACAAGGAAAUGACCCAGAAAAAGAGCUUAAAUUAUAAUUUUAAAUAUGUAAUAAUGAUAAUUACAAACAUAGUUUUUUCACAGCUUUUUUGUUGUUUUUCCCCUAGCUUUUAAAAACUAAUUUUCUAAAUCUAUUAUUUUUUUGCAAUUUGUAAAACAUUUCUUACCAAGUUGCCUUUUAGUAUAGAGAAAAUUAAAAACAAGAAAAUUAGUAAAAGAAAAGACAGUUGAAAACAAACAAACAAAUGACCUUGAAAAAGAGCUUAAAAAUUAUAAUUCUGUAACAUAAUUUUAAAUAUGUAAUAAUGAUAACUAUAGAUAUAGUUUUCCCUCAGCUUUUUUUGUUUUGUUUUUUUCCCUUAGCUUUUAUUUUUAAACAAGGUAUUUUUAUUGAUAAUUCAACAAGAUGCACAGAGCAUCAACAAACAAACAGCACCAAUAAGGAGAGAAAACAACCCCACCCACCCAUAAACAGAGAAAGCCUGACCAGCGAAAGGAAAUAAGACAAAAACGAAAAAUUAAUUAAUUAAUGAAAAAGAUUUUAAAAUGUAUUUACAUAAAAGAAAAGGAUGAAAAAUAAUUAAAAAAAAAUAUACUUUUUUUGGGGGGGGAGGGUCCUUAGCUUUUUAAAAAUACUUUUCUAAAUCUAAAUUGCAACUUGUAAAACAUUUCUCACCAAGUUGCCUUUAUUCCCCAUGUUCUUGGAAGAAAUUACACCAGUUUGCUCAGGGUUCAAAGGUUUGAAUACUCAAGAACGGCGCCUGAAAGCAGCACAAGAAAGAUGAUGUCGCUCCAGGUUUCAAAGGGUUAAUGAAAAAAAAUAUCUUUGCUUACUCUAAUCUCAGCAGCCAUUUUAUGUUAAAUGAAGUAUACUGUAACAUUUGGUGGCAUGACAACCCUAGUUCACUUUUAGAUCAAAAUUUGUAAAUGUUUUGUAUUUGAAAACAAACGAACUGUCUCUUUUCAUCUCAAAGAACAAAAUAUAGUCUCAAAUAAAACCCAAAAAGAAAAGGAAAUGAAUAUUUCCACCAAAGAUAUCCUGACAGAGUCCUUUAAACCAUUGUCAGCCAUCAAAGUUGUAUGAAUGAGGCUUUAUUUUUGGGUCACUGGUCAGCCUAUAGGCCUGUUAGGAACUGCAAUUUUGAUUGAAAUAAAAAAAAUAUUAUACAGUAAUUGAAAAUAUACAUGUUACAAAAUAAUGCCAGUAAUUAAGAGUCUUGGAGGCUUCAUUAAAUGUUUAUAAUGACAGGAGAAGGGUGCAUGAAUCCCCAGCCUUCCUCAUAGUUAAGUAGAAGCAGCUCAUCCCACCCAGUAGGUGGCGACAGCGCACACAGAGUCAAGCUUUCAAUCAGAAGAGGAGGCAGAUGAAGGAAGAAGAGGCUUGGAGAAGGUUGGUGCAGAAUGAAGUAGCAGCACGCUGGACGUCUUCAGGAAAGUGCUUGAGACAGGAACAUUUAAAUUUCAUGUACCAGUAUUAAGAAGUGCACAUUUGUGCAUAUUAAAUAAAUGUAGUCUGUAUAUGUAGCUAGCUAGGUCGCUCUUCUGUUUUUAGCAUGAUUCUGAAACGAGGUUUCGUCCAGUAACGUCAGCUGAAGUUGUAUCUCUGCACAUGGAGGUCCAUGUCCGGUAAUUAGAUCAUCUGAAGAAAAGGGACUCCUCAGAUGGACCUCAGAUGCAUGGUCGACCUGCUGAGGUGAAAGCGAGUUCAGGUGAUUCUUGACACAACUGCUUCUACAAAGUGCACCUGACUGGUUUGUUUUGGCUUCUAUUAUAAAUUAUCAUCAUCAAAUAAAUACAAAUUGUGAAGCA